GCCCGAAUGUGUAUGCCUUCUCCACAUUACCCGGCGUCAGGGUGGCGCCCGCUCGCCUAUGGAAACGCUCGCCGAUAUUAACGAACGAUAUUUUCCCCGGGCCAAGAGUAAUACUUGUCCCUCUAUCAGGCUUCGAGGAAACGGCAGCGGCCUGCGGUGAGGGAAAUGAUGGACUGGUCGCGCCCAAGAUAUCAACUAUCCCGCGUCUCUUUCCAUCUCCGUUUCCUGCUCCAGACUCGGUGACAUCUUUGAGCCAGAAAGCCAGAAAGCCAUCAUCGUCACGAUGCAGUUCAACACUUUCGUCGCUAUCUUGGGGCUGUCAGCGCCCGCGAGUGCGCUGCUUCGCUUUGGCUGCUCGGGCCUAACCGUCCAACGUCUGGACCCCUUAGUCAACCCAGGCAUGAACCCGUCGGCCCACCUUCACCAGAUCAUUGGAGGCGAUUCCUUCAACGCGUCGAUGCCGGCGGGGACACACGAUCUCGUCAAGCUGUCGACGUGCACCAGUUGCCAGUUCAGCGAGGACUUCUCCAACUAUUGGACCGCUGUCCUCUUCUACCGCGCCAAGAACGGAACUUUCAAGAGAGUCCCGCAAAUGGCCCAGGCAGGCAUGGAGGGCACGCAGGGCGGAAUGGUCGUCUACUACAUGUCGGACGCGCUGUUCGACACGGCGCAACGAUCGACGGUGACGGCGUUCAAGCCCGGCUUCCGCAUGCUCGUCGGCGACGCGACGUAUCGCGACCGCGAGCAGGCUAGGCGAUGGCGGCAGCUGACGUACAUCUGCAUGGAGAACCAGGGCACGCGGGCGCCGGAGAGCAUCGGCUUCCCGACGCGGUCGUGCCCCGGCGGCAUCAUGGCGAACCACCGAUUCCCGACCUGCUGGGACGGCAAGAACCUGGACUCGCCCAACCACCAGGACCAUGUCUCGUACCCGGAGAGCGGCACGUUCGAGUCGGGCGGCCCGUGCCCGGCCACGCACCCGGUGCGGCUCCCGCAGAUCCUGCUCGAGACGGUCUGGGACACGCGCGCGUUCAACAACCCGGCCGACUUCGCCAACGGCCAGCAGCCGUUCGUGUGGUCGAGCGGCGACCCCACCGGCUACUCGAGCCACGCCGACUACCUCUUCGGCUGGAAGGAUGACUCCCUCCAGAAGGCCAUGGACGGCCACACCUACGUCUCGGCGCCGAUGCUCAAGACCCAGAGCAUCGCCCUCCAGAACAGGUGCAAGGUUCCCGACAUGGUGGGCGAGAACAUCGACGGCUGGUUGACCAGCCUCCCCGGCGCAAACCCGGUCGUUUAAUGGAGAGGGAGGAGAUGUACCUAUUGAUUGAGAAAACCCCCUUCACCCUAUGCACCCACCCGAGGAAGCUAUCUACAUUUCUCGUUGGCGCUCCUCUCUGCUUGCGAGGCCACUCGAUCUUUGCCAAUACCUUCGAGGGCUGCCAGCGUCUAGACAGCUCGGUAGAUACGAUCGUCAUUAUCCAUAGUGUCUUCCCCAUAUAAUCCCAAUCCUGGAUUUAGCACCACGAUUACUAGUGAUGUAGCAUAUUCUUUGGUGUGCUGAGGACGCGAACUUUUUUUCAAGUCCGUGAUAAUACCCCUUUUUUCGAGUGCAGCCGGUCUCCGCACCAGUUGUUAGCGACCGCCAGCAGCCGACGAUCUACCAGCCCUUAGCAGCGAGGCGCCCGUGCCUAAACCCAUACACACACAUCCCUAAUACCUUAACGGUCGUCCUGAUGGAAUUUUGAGUGCUGAAAUUGAUGCUGCUUUCCAGCUUAUAUAGCCUUUACGUAGAAAAGGCCAGGAUUGAUUGCCGUGGAAGGGUAUUGGUACCCAAGAUCUCAACUACCUACUUAUAACCGACUGUCGACAGCUGUCGUGAGGGGUGACGCCCGUAUAAGCCAAGGAGCGGUCUGGUAGCUUCUAACCCCCACCUGUCCUAGGGAAAGGGGGCACGGAAUGU